GUUCCUGCAAUCAUUACAUUAUUAUCUAUAGAAAAACACUGAAAACCCCCAACAUGGAGCUGGAUGGAAGCUUUGAGUCUUUGACCAACUCCUCCCACUCGUUGACUAAAAGUUUGGAUAAAAUCAGCACCAUUCAUUACAAUUAGUUGUUCUGCUAAUGAGGCUUGCAAAUCAUGACGAGGGCAACAAGUACUGCAUCUUCUGUUCUCUAUUCUGUGCUGCUGAUUUUUUUAUGUUUCGUUCGAGUUCAAGUUCAAGCAAGAUAUCAUAAACAAGCCAAUUGCUCUCGUUCGUGCGGAGAAAUCCAAAACAUCAAGUACCCUUUUCGCCUAAAGGGUGAUCCAUCAGGCUGUGGUGACCCUGACUAUGAAUUUUCCUGCGUGGACGACAGAACCAUCUUAGAAAUCUUUCCAGGCAAAUUCUACGUGCACAACAUUUCAUAUAACGAUCAAAUACUCCGUUUGGUUGAUGUCAACUUUGCCAAUGGAAGCUGCAGCCUUCCGUCUGGCUCUGUUUUAUCAGCAGACAGGGACGUCAAGGAUUCUCGAUUCGGUGGAUUUGUAAACAGCUCUCGCAGUCUUUUUCGAUUUAUGAAGUGCUCCAAAAACAUCAGUAGCCUGCAAACAGCUGCUAAUUAUACAAGAGUUCCAUGUUUGACAACAAACGGGAGUUACUUGUAUGCUAUUUAUGACCGCGAUUAUUAUUAUCAUCGUCAACCACAACCAUCGUGCUCGCUUAUUUCAGUGGCGCCUGUGGAUUUUGAUCAGGACAUUAAGUUCCCUUCUUAUGAAGCUAUCAUGGAACUUUUGCAGGCUGGCUUUGAUGUUGGAUGGUCGGUUGAGUGCAGGGAUUGUUCUUUGGCUGGCAAGGGCUGUUUGGUAAGUUCAUGGGAUCAGCCAAUCACCUAUGUAUGUUCAAGAGAGUACAAAGAACCCACAUCACUUCAAAUUAUCUUAAUAUUGGUGGGAAUUGGUAUAGGAGCUCUAGUUGGUCUAUUCUUUAUAAUUCUCAUAUUGGUGGUCGUUAUCCGCAAGUAUCGGAGAGGACGAAGAAAAGCAGCCAAGAAGAAGCUGCAGAAUCAGCAAUGCUUGACACCAACAAUCAGCAAUUCUGGAACUAAUUAACAUGCUGUAUAUCGUGUGUGUGACCAAAAGCAAUUUACUCUGUACUAUAUUCAUCUAUAUUCACGUACGUACAGAGAUAUAUGCUCAAGGGCUGAGCUUACAUAUCCAAACAAUCAUUUUAUCUCUCGACUUUGACUUCCUGG